AUGUCCCAGCAAUUCGUGUCGUCAUCGCCCACGGCGUUGGAAACUGAUGGUUCUCUUCGCCGCCGAAAAUCACGAUUCACGUAUAAACACCUCACUCAACUCAGCGUUUCGUCUACUACAAAUCCUCUGCGCACCAUUGCUCUUAUAGAUUUGGAUGCCUUUUACGCCCAAUGCGAAACUGUGCGCCUGGGGCUGCCAGAAGACAAACCAUUGGCAGUUCAACAAUGGCAAGGUCUCAUUGCCAUCAACUAUCCAGCUCGUAAAUUCGGUUUGAGCCGUCAUAUCGACAUAGCAGAAGCGAAGAAGCUGUGCCCAGAGUUACACUUUCAACACGUCGCAACUUGGCGCGAGGGCGAUGACAAGUGGGCAUACCAUGACGAUGCUGCCCAAAACAUUGGGACCCACAAGGUCUCUUUGGAUCCAUAUCGAAUGGAGUCUCGAAAAAUCCUUGCUGUAAUUAAGGAUGCGCUGCCGCCUGCCCCUGUGCAAAGGGUUGAAAAAGCCUCAAUCGAUGAGGUGUUCCUAGAUCUGUCUGCCCAAGUCCAUGGUAUUUUGCUCGAGAGAUACCCUGAGCUUGGGCUGCCGCCGCCUUAUGAUGACCCAACCGAGAACCUUCCUUUGCCCCCAACUACUGCCCUUGACUGGGAUACCGAUGCUUUGAUUGAUCUGGAUGAAGCCGAAAGCGAGGAGAGAGACCCCGACUGGGACGAUAUUGUGAUGCUGAUCGGCUCGGAAAUCGUGCGCUCCGUACGAGCCGCGGUACGUGAUCGCCUUAAGUAUACCUGCUCAGCGGGGAUAGCCCGGAAUAAGAUGCUAGCUAAGCUCGCCUCUGGCUACAAAAAGCCUAACCAACAAACUGUUGUCCGAACUCGCGCCGUGGAAAAGUUUCUGGAGGACAUUAAAUUCACCAAGAUACGAAAUCUAGGAGGAAAACUUGGCGACCAGGUGGCCUCGACCUUUGGCACGGAAAUGGUCAAGGAGCUUUUGCCCAUCUCCAAGGAGCAGUUAAAGAGCAAAAUCGGUGAUGACACUGGAAGUUGGGUCUACGAACUCCUUCGUGGAGAAGACUAUAGUGAAGUCAAUUCCCGGACGCAGAUCAAGUCAAUGCUCUCGGCCAAAUCUUUUCGGCCCAGCAUCAACACUUUCGACCAAGCCUUGCGAUGGCUACGUAUUUUUGUUGCUGACAUUUUCUCUCGCCUAGUAGAGGAGGGUGUUUUGGAGCACAAACGACGGCCGAGAACAAUUAAUUUACAUCACCGACAAGGUGGACAAACAAAAUCACGACAAGCUCCAAUACCAUCAGGUAAGACUGUUGACGAGACAAUGCUUUUUGAGCUAGCCAAGAAUUUGCUCAACCAGAUUCUCUCUGAGGGAAACACCUGGCCCUGCGCAGGUCUGCAGCUCAGCGUUGGGGGGUUUGAGGAGCUAAUGUCAGGCAAUAUCGGGGCUUUCGUUGUCCGAGGAACUGAGGCUAAAGCAAUGAACGCGACGAUGCGGGACUCCGGCAACCGUUCAUCAAUGCAUACAGAAGAGCGCCCGGCCACGAAAAGGAGAAGAGUGGAUUCGGGAGGGAUUCAAAAGUUUCUCCAGCGGCGAGAGGAAAGCAAAGGCGAGCAUUCUGACGCCAGCCCCGAAACAGAGGGUCUAUCACCGGCAACGAUGGCCUCCCCAAAUGUGAACACACCCCAACAUCGUCCUGCGCAAUCACACCGCCAUGAUGUGGAUCGUUCCAUCGCACCUUUGACGCACGAUGACUCGGACCUUCACUACAUGCACAAGGAAUCCCUGACAGAAGAACCAUCUUCUGACGGCCUCGGUGCUAGUGUUGAUCCUCCCGUUGCUCCAAAGUCUCCUUCCAAUAACCAAUGCCCACGCUGUCAUAAGCAUGUGCUACCGUUCGAGGCGGAAGAACACGAGGAUUGGCAUUUUGCCGUAGAUUUACAAGCUGAAGAGGAAGGGUCGGCUAACUUGCCCUCCCAUAAUGUCUCGUCCAUUCGACCGACGACAAGCAUGCAGCCGCUGCCAAGCCAUUCCCACCGCGGAGGAUCCUCGAAGAAGUCCAGCUCUGGAGAAAAGGCAGGGCGUGGCCGCGGCAAGGUUGAGAAAGGGCAGCAACGACUGGCCUUUGGUCCCUCAUGA